AUGUCUGCAGAGAAAACUUACCGAAGCGCCAUUCGCAUUGGUGGCGCUUCGGGUGCUCUGACUGACCGAGUUCGCCAUGUCAAGGAUGGCCAAGACCGGAGAGGUCGACGUCAUUGUUGGGGACUGGAUGGCCGAAGCAACGAUGGCGCGCAAGGUGUUGCAAAGACUCACCGAGUUCAGCAGCUACAGAUGAAUGCAAAGCAAAGCGGCUUGUUUACUCAGGCAGCCAGUGGGCCUCAGUUUGCCCCCAACUUUCUCGACUGCUUCAUACCGGCGAUUGGAGACCUCAAACGAAACGGCAUCAAGCUCGCAGUGAAUGCUGGUGGCUCUGAUACGGAGAUCCUAGCUCACAUUAUCAAACAAGAAUGCAUUGAUCGAGGCUGCCCCAUGAACGUGGCAUGGAUAGAAGGAGAUGAUGUUUUCAAAAAGCUUGUAGAGCUCUCUACUGAAGGAAAAGAGCUCAGGAGUCUCAACCGAGGCAAAGACAUCAGUCUGAAAGAAUGGGGAUUUGAGCCAGUCGCCGCACAGGCAUAUUUGGGGGGGCUGGGAAUCGCGGAAGCUUUUCGCAAUGGUGCCGAUAUAGUUAUAUGCGGCCGAGUUGCUGAUGCUGCUCCAACAAUUGGAGCUGCUGCUUGGUGGCAUAACUGGAACCAUAGUCAUCUGGACGAGUUGGCUGGUGCGCUCGUUGCGGGUCAUCUGAUCGAAUGUGGAGGCUAUGUCACUGGGGGAAACUAUUGCAAUUUCAAGAAACUCUUGAAGAACAACAAGCACUUUGACAUAGGCUUCCCGGUCGUUGAAAUCGAUCACAAGGGGGAAAGUAUACUCACUAAAGAGAAGAGCACCGGAGGAGUGGUGGACGUGGGAAAUACAAUUUCCCAGCUUGUAUACGAGAUCCAAGGUCCUCUUUACUACAACUCGGACGUGACUGCUGACCUCGAAGAUGUACGGAUAGAAGCGUUGGGAGAAGACCGUGUCCAUAUUUCCAGGGUCAAAGGUCGGCUGCCACCGUCCACAACCAAAGUCGGAAUUACUGCACAUGGGGGUUAUCAAGCGGAGUACACCUUUUACUUUGUUGGCCUUGAUAUUCAGGAAAAGGCUCGCUGGACCGAGGACCAUGUCCGAGAAACCUUAGGUGAAUCCGUCAACCGACUUUCACAUCUAAAGUUUCAUUUGCACGGAUCGUCUCCGAUCGAUGCACCAAAUCAAGAUGCAGCAACAGUCGGCUUGCGAAUCGUUGCCCAAGGGCGCGACUUUGAUCUGUUUGAUAUGCAGAAUCCGCACAGCUUUGGGCGAAAAGUUCGAUCAUUAAUUUUAGAAAGCGCACCGGGUGCUUCAAUAAGCAAUGAUGGGAGGCUGGUAUUCCCAAAAAAAUACGAAGAAUUCUUUGUCACCCUGUUCCCACAAUCAGAACUCAAUCAGAGAGUUCAUUUACUGUAUGAUGAAUGCAAGAGUAUUGACGUGCUCGCCGCUGAGAAGACUUGCACAUACCCACUCCAACAGAGGUCAUACGAAACAACGAACCCGGUUGAUCUAUCCCAGUAUGAAACUAUACGAGCUCCAUUCGGGUAUGUGGUAAUGGCUCGGAGUGGCGACAAGGCUACGGACGCCAACGUUGGACUGUUCGUGCGCCAUGACGAUGAAUGGGACUGGCUUCGGAGUCUACUCACCACCGACAGAUUUAAGCAAAUGCUUCGGGCUGAAUAUAAGGGAGGCCAGAUGAUAGAUUCGAGAUGCCACACCUUCGAACGCCUUGACUCUCUUGGUAAAAAUGUUGGAGAAUAUGUGAGGGCGUACACUGUGGAUAUCCCAACAAGAUUCCUGGAGAGAGGUAGAAUCUAG